AUUUUAUGUCCUGUUGGUCUGGUGUAUCUGUUGGUGUUUUUGCUGUGCAGAGUAAAGUAAGCCAAGACCAGUCCCUUAUUUCCACACAAGGAGCUGUGCAAGAAACAAACAAAAACGUGCAGACGUGCGCAUGCGCGGUACGCAGCACUUGUAUCUCAUCACCGUAGUAACGGUUUGUUGACACCGUCUUCAGUGGCGCGAUGAGACUAAAACGGCUACACAUACGAUACUACCCACCAGGAAUAUUCCUGGACUAUGAGAAAGGGGGGCAGCUCAGAACGAAAUCCAUCGAUCUGUUAAACCUGACUCCAGAGACUGAUGUGAAUGAGUUAGUGUCAGACAUCAGAGCAGCUGAACCUCUCAUCAGCUCAUCCUGCGUCGAGCAGCUCAAAGCCCUGAUCCUCAAACUACAAGAGAAAGUCAGCCAAAAGGAUGACCGCAAGUUUUACCUUUUCAGGGCACUUCAGGCUCACAUCUUGCCCCUGACGAAUGUAGCCUUCAAUAAAUCAGGAUCGAGUUUUAUAACCGGAAGCUAUGACAGGACUUGUAAAAUAUGGGACACCGCAUCCGGAGAGGAGCUGCACACUUUGGAGGGUCACAGGAACGUUGUGUAUGCCAUCGCCUUCAACAACCCUUACGGAGACAAGGUUGCCACUGGCUCCUUUGACAAGACCUGCAAAUUGUGGAGUGCUGAAACAGGAAAGUGUUUCUACACGUUUCGAGGGCACACAGCAGAAAUCGUCUGCCUGGCCUUUAACCCUCAGAGUACCUUGGUUGCUACGGGCAGCAUGGACACCCUGGCUAAAUUAUGGGAUGUUGAGAGUGGGAAAGAGAUGUCUACAUUGGCAGGUCACUUCGCCGAGAUCAUCUCUCUCUCCUUUAACACAACGGGUGAUCGUUUGGUCACGGGGUCGUUUGACCACACUGCCAUUCUGUGGGACGUUUCUACUGGCAGCAAAGUUCACGUUCUCACAGGUCAUCGAGGAGAAAUCAGUUGCGUUCAGUUCAACUGGGACUGUUCCCUCAUCGUCACAGCCUCUCUGGACAAAACCUGCAAGGUGUGGGCUGCAGACGGCGGUCAGUGUUUGGCUACUCUCUUGGGUCAUAAUGAUGAAGUGCUGGAUGUGUGUUUUAACUACACUGGUCAGCUGAUCGCUACAGCCUCUGCUGAUGGUACAUCAAGAGUGUUCAGCGCAGAAACCUUCCAGUGUUUGUGGCAAUUAGAGGGCCAUAAUGGAGAGAUAUCUAAGGUGUGUUUUAAUCCGCAGGGGAGCCGUGUUUUGACGGCGAGUGUGGAUAAGACGGCUCGUGUGUGGUGUGUGAACACAGGAGCGUGUUUGCAGGAGCUCGAGGGCCAUUCUGAUGAGAUCUUCUCAUGUGCUUUCAACUACGAGGGAGACACCAUCAUUACAGGCAGUAAAGACAACACCUGCAGGAUCUGGCACUGAGAGAGCGGCCUGAACUCUGAUCUUACAGUAUUCCCACAUCUCUUUUGAUUAAGAUAUUGUGUGUCAUCUUGUCACACUGCCCCCUCGUAUUUCAGAGAACAUGUAUGUGUGGAAGACAUUAUGGUAACGCUUUUCACGUAUAACACAUUAUAAAGGUAUUCAUAAUGCAAGUUGUGAUGCAUUAUAUCUUUCAUGAAUAACUGUGAGCAAAGUUAAAAUGCUUUAUAAUAUUUGCAGAUUCUUUAUAAUGUUAAAAAAUGGUUGUUUGUUGUGUUUUCAUGCAUGAUUUUUAAUCGGUGUAGUGCAGAAUAGAUAACUAUUAUAAAUUAUUAUAACUGUGAUUAUUCAUGAGAUACAAUGCAUUGUAAGGUGCAUUACAAGGCAUAAUUAAUGCAUUAAAAUACUUUUAUAAAGGACUUUUAAGUUCAAGUGUUCCCAACAUAAUUAUUGCCGUUAUUUUUCCCCCUUAAAGAAUAUUCUGGCUUAAACUCAUGCUGUCAACUAUCACAAAAAAAUAAUGAUUCAUACCUGUUUAUUAACCCCAAAAUAAUGAUCUAUAAUGGAAUUCAGUGGGAAAACUGUUGUUCUAUAGACUUUCAAUCUAAGUGCAUGCUUGUCAACAUUAAUUAAUUUUUUUUGAUUGUAUAAAACUUUAAUAUGAAGUCAGGUAUUCAAUAUUAAGGCUUACUGUAUUAAAUCACAAUAAUCUUCUGGUGUAUUUAUCCUGGAAUAUCUCCUUUUUUUAACAUGCCAGUCUAUUUUUAGGUUAAAGGAAUAAUUCACAGAAAUAAGAAAAAAAUGCUAGAAAUGUACUCACUCUCAGGACAUCACAGACAUAAAGUAUAUGCGUUUGUUUCUUUGUCAGAAUAGAUUUGAAGAAAUGUAGCAUUGCAUCACUUGCUCACCAAUGGAUCCUCUGCAGUGAAUGGGUGCCGUCAGAAUGAGAGUCCAAACAGCUGAUAAAAACACAAUAAUCCACAAGAUUCCAGUAUAUCAAUUAAGUGAAGAGCUUUUUUGUAAGAAACAAAUCCAUCAUUAAAGUUUUUCAACUUUAAACCAUUGCUUCUGUCCAAAAUGUGAAUUUUAUUUAUAAUUUUAUUUAACAUCAAAAUCCACCCAUUUUUAAAUUGUAUGUGUAAUCUAUGGUAAUAACGUGUCCUCCAGUGAGAAAGUCCAUCCUGUCCUCUCACAUCUAAAUACUCCAAUAUAUUUGUUUAGAUCUGUUUUGGACUUUUUUCGCUUGCAUGCUCAGUGCAGAUUUCUCUCCUUAUUCAGUCUAGAUUACAAUUUUCACUGGAGAAAGAAUAGACAACUUUUUUUGUAUUUUAGCCGGAAACAACAGUUUUACGUUAAAAAUGCCUUAAUAUGUAUUUGUUUGAAAUCUUUUCACUUCACAAGAUCAGUUUUGAUCAGCUGUUUGGACUCAUAUUCUGACGGCACCCAUUCACUGCAGAGGAUCCACUGGUGAGUAAGUGAUGCAAUGCUACAUUUCUCUAAAUCUGUUCUGAUGAAGAAACAAACUCAUCUACAUUUUAGAUGGACUGAAGAUGAAUAAAUGUUCAAUUUUUUUGUGUGCACCUUCUUUAACAGCUGGCUAAAUGUGUAUAUAAACUCAUUUAUUCAAA